GUAACUUCGUACUCUUCCGUAUAUAAUCGCGAAUCCCGAAACAUAUUUCACGAAGAAGUUGUUUCUUUUAUUGAACAAUGGAGGCAAUAAUCGGACGGGUUUUUAUAUAUGGUGGCAAAGGUGCUUUAGGUUCUACUUGUGUUUCAAAAUUCAAGUCGAAAAAGUGGUGGGUUGGCUGUAUUGAUAUGAAGGCAAAUGACGAAGCUGAUGCAAAUGUGAUUGUAAAACCAAACAGCAAUUGGCAAGAGCAGGAAGUUGAUAUUAUGCAACAAAUUGGAAAUAUUUUAAAUGGGAAUAAACUAGAUGCAAUUAUUUGUGUGGCUGGUGGAUGGGCUGGUGGAAAUGCAGCCAAUAAAGAUUUUAUUAAAAACAGUGAACUUAUGUGGAAUCAGAGUGUGUGCAGUUCAAGUAUUGCUGCUAGUAUUGCUGCCCAUCACCUGAAAGAAGGAGGAUUUUUAUCAUUAACUGGUGCUAAAGCAGCUUUAGCAGAAACACCAGGAAUGAUUGGAUAUGGAAUGGCUAAAGCUGCUGUUCAUCAACUUACUAAAUCUUUAGCAGCUAAAGAUAGUGGUCUUCCAAAGAAUUCUUUGGUUGCUUCUAUCUUGCCUGUUACUUUAGAUACACCUAUGAAUAGAAAAUGGAUGCCAAAUGCUGAUACAACUAAAUGGACUCCACUUGAAUUUGUUGCAGACCUCUUCUGGAAAUGGUCACAAAAUCAAGAACGUCCAGCUAAUGGAAGUCUCCUACAAUUGAUUACUAAUGAUAAUAAAACAGAAUUAAUUACAGCUUAAGAGGAAAAGAGUUAUAUUUUGAACCAAAAGCAUUUAUGGUGCUCCCAUGACAAUAUAUAUACAUAUGUAUACCUAUUAUAAA